CUCCUCUCCACAGAGCACAGAAGUCAGGGUUCUCCCCAGCACACACUGGAACAGAGCAGGCUACUCAGGCCUCCAGGAUGCCCAUCCCUGCCUUCCGGCCCCACCCCCCUCCUCCUUGCCUGCUGCUGACUCUACUGCUGGGAUUCACAGGAGCAGCAGGUGAGGAGCUGCAGGUGAUUCAGCCUGAGAAGUCAGUGUCUGUUGCAGCUGGAGAGACGGCCACUCUGCGCUGCACCCUGACCUCCCUGCUCCCUGUGGGGCACGUCCAGUGGUUCAGGGGGACAGGGCCAGGCCGGGAGUUAAUCUACAGUUUCAAAGGAGGCCACUUCCCCCGAGUAACAAAUGUUGCAGACACCACAAAGAGAAACAGCAUGGACUAUUCCAUCCGCAUCAGUAACAUCACCCCAGCAGACACUGGUAUUUACUACUGUGUGAAGUUCCAGAAAGGGAGCCCUGAUGACGUGGAGUUUAAGUCUGGACCAGGGACCCAGCUCACUGUGAGUGCCAAACCCUCUCCCCCCGUGGUAUCGGGCCCCACGGCGAGGGCCGCACCUGACCAGAGAGUGAGCUUCACCUGCGAGUCCCACGGCUUCUCCCCCAGAAACAUCACCCUGAAGUGGUUCAAAAAUGGGAAUGAGCUCCCAGCCUCCCAGACCAACAUCGACCCAGAGGGAGAUGGCGUUUCCUACAGCGUCUCCAGCACAGCCAAGGUGGUGCUGGCCCCAGGGGACGUUCGCUCCCAGGUCAUCUGCGAGGUGGCCCACGUCACGCUGCAGGGGGGCCCUCCGCUUCGUGGGACGGCCAACUUGUCUGAGACCCUCCGAGUUCCACCCACCUUGGAGGUUUCCCAACAGCCCACGGCAGGGAACCUGGUGAACGUCACCUGCCAGGCGAACAAGUUCUACCCCCGGCACCUAAAGCUGACCUGGUUGGAGAAUGGAAACGUGUCCCGAACAGAAAUGGCCUCAACACUCAUAGAGAACAAGGAUGGCACCUUUAACUGGAUGAGCUGGCUCCUGGUGAACUCUUGUGCCCACAGGGAGGAUGUGGUGCUCACCUGCCAGGUGGAGCAUGACGGGCAGCCGGCGGUCACCAAACACCAUACCCUGGAGGCCUCUGCCCACCAGAAGGAGCGGGACACAGGUGGAACACCUGGUGAAGAGCUGUCUACUGUCCCUCUGGUAGUCCUCGUCCUAAGCACAAAGCUGCUGCUGGCCAUCGGAGUCUCUGCCAUCUACGUCCACAGGAAGUGGAGGGCCUGACUCUCCUUCCUUCCUUCCCUGCUGUGUGCCACCCCCAAUCUCUGCUGCUCCCUUCACUCUGUGAGGGGCACAGCCUCAGAGAAGGAUCCUACCAGAAGCUUCCAUGACUCUGUUCCAAGAGCCUCCCCUCCCCAGACACCUGGCUGCUCACACAUUCCUGCUGCUCCUUCUCCCAGUCCUUGAUGCCCCCAGAGCUGGGUCUUCAUACAUGGUCCUGAGCAGGGGACAUGGGACCUAGCUCUGGGACUGACUCAUGACAUCUUCCUAGAAGGUGAGAAACCAGUCAAAUCUACACACAUUAGGAUAUCUCUCAUCGAUUGCCUUGGGACUUGGCCAUGAAGUACACACUCAUCUUCAUGCAUCAAGAGUUAUUCUGUCUUCUGGAUUCCUGUCUACCCCCAACUCCCCAGCCUUGUUGAGUUGCUCUAUUGACUCUUGAGUAUUAAUGAACUCCUAUUCUGAUUUUAAGAAGAAAAAUUGUUCUCCUUCCUCUUUGCCUAAAUGUCCUGCUCCUCAAACCCAGAAAGAAGUUUCUCUUAAUCUCCCUGUCAUGAAAGCACUAGUUCUUCUAUUAUCAUGCAUCCUUCUCAAUCCUGUUGCUCAUGGUACACAUUCUGUCAGCCCAAAAGCCUUGGGUCAUCUUUGAUUUCUCUUUCUCUUAUAUCUCAUAUUAAGUUCUGCCUUCAACAUGCUUAUGUUCAAUGGUGAGAUUGCAAAUGUUUAACAAUUGAUUCUCCAAUAUAAAAAAAACAAAGCCUAAUUUGUAGUGCCUGCCAAUUUCUGUGGUGUAAACACUCUCAAUGAGGCCAAUUUUAAGCUACCAACAGGUUAACAGCCCGCUUGCAAAAUUCCUGAAAAUGUGGCAGUCAGCUCUCAUGAGCCUGUCCAAGUCUUUCCUGCUCGGCACUGAGUUAUAUCCAUAAUCUGCACACUUCUCACACCCACCACUACUCCCUGGUCCCAGCCACCAUCAUCUCUUCCUGGACCAUUGCUAGAGUCUCUAACUGGCUUUCCUGUUUCAACCACAGUGGUUCUUUGGAAAUGGAAGUGAAAUCCUAUCACUCCUCUGCUUCUUCCCGCAACAUAUCUGCAUAGUUCACUCUCUCCCUUCUUUCAAGUCUCUGCUCAAAUGUCACUCUAUAAAGGCACCUUCCAUAAACCACCCUACAUAGAAUAUACCUCUCUCACCUGGCAUGCCACCUCCUCUUGACCUGAUUAAUUUGUUUCCUCAGCACUUAUUGUCACCUGACAUACUAAAUAUAGGAAGUGCUCACUUUGCAUGGUAGUGCAGGAGUGUAAUAGUGAGUGUGCAAACUGAAACCAUGGAAGGUGAUCUCAAUAAUCAGUGAGAUUAAUAAUGAUUGUGCUGUGACCUUUAAAAUUCUUUUCAAAUCGUUGGAAACUGUCAGUUUUUUUGUGUGUGUGUGUGUGAGGAGAUCAGCCCUGUGCUAACA